GCCAUGGCUCCCAAACCGCCGCGCGGCCGAGCCUAGUCCAGACCCAGACCCGUGACUGCAAUCCUCCCGGGCCAGCGCCUGGCUUCUCGAGUCGGGGACCCCGACAGACGUCAUGGGCCGCAUCACAGAAGAUCUUAUUAGACGGAAUGCUGAACACAAUGACUGCAUAAUAUUUUCCCUGGAGGAACUCUCCUUGCAUCAGCAAGAAAUAGAAAAAUUAGAACAUAUUGACAAAUGGUGCCGGGAUUUAAAAAUCCUUUAUCUUCAAAAUAAUCUCAUUGGAAAAAUUGAAAAUGUUAGCAAGCUCAAGAAACUUGAAUAUUUGAAUUUAGCUUUAAACAACAUUGAAAAAAUUGAAAAUUUGGAAGGAUGUGAGGGGCUAACAAAACUUGACUUGACCGUCAAUUUCAUUGGUGAGCUGAGCAGUGUUAAAACCCUCCAGCACAAUAUCCACCUGAAGGAACUCUUUCUCAUGGGCAACCCCUGUGCUGACUUUGAUGGCUAUAGGCAGUUUGUUGUGGCAACUCUUCAACAAUUAAGGUCGUUGGAUGGUAAGGAAAUAGAGCGUUCAGAAAGGAUUCAAGCAUUGCAGAACUUUCCAGAAAUUGAACCAUCUAUCAAAGAGCAGGAAAAAACUUACUGUCUCCAAAGAGCCAAGGAAAAGGAAGAGGCCCAGAAAAAAGUGCAGGAGGAACAUGGAAAGGAAGAAAAGAAAGGUCACAAAGAGAGCUUCAGGGCCUCAUCCUCUGUAGGGGAUCAUGAGCACCUUCAGAUACCAGAAAGACAAGAAGGGGGAUGCAACAUGAAGAAAUUAGGUGACACUGAAGAUGACUUGGAAUUUUGGAAUAAGCCUUGUUUGUUUACUCCUGAAUCGAGGUUGGAAACACUUAGGCAAAUAGAAAAAACAAGAAACGAACAAGAAUCAUCAAGUGAAAAGAAGAAAGUGAAACCACCCAGGACCUUGAUCACUGAAGAUGGAAAAGUCCUGAAUGUAAAUGAACCUAAGUAUGUGAGGCCAAAAAGAAACUGGAUGAAGCAAAACUUGUGGUGUUGGUCAUUUCAAUCAUUUCAAUUACUGGACUUCUCUUUGAAUGAUGAUGAAAAACAUCACCAGAUCAUCCUGGACCUGGCCGUCUAUAGGUAUAUGGAUACUUCGUUAAUUGAUGUUGAUGUGCAGCCAACUUAUGUGCGGGUAAUGGUUAAAGGAAAGCCAUUUCAGCUUGUCCUUCCUGCAGAAGUCAAACCUGAUAGUAGCUCUGCCAAAAGAUCUCAGACAACAGGACACUUGAUAGUCUGCAUGCCCAAGGUUGGAGAAAUAAUUGCAAGAGGUCAACAAGCAUCCAAAUCUGUGAAAAGUAAAUUGGACAGCAGCAGAGAGCAAACAAACACAAGACACAGAAAAAUCGAAAAACUAGAAGUAGAUCCUAGCAAGCAUUCCUUCCCUGAUGUGACUAACAUCGUUCAAGAGAACAAAUAUACAGCCAGAAGAGUUCCCAAAAUUACACCAAAUGAGGAAGACCCAAGCUUUGAAGAUAACCCCGAAGUGCCUCCUUUGAUCUGAAACAUCAGAUGAUCUGCGUACAACCACCCAGACCCAGUUUUUCUCAGAGAAAGAAUGUAUAUCAAUUACUUAUGGGAUAAACAGAGUUCUUUAUCAGAUUUAUCUCUCCUCUGUUUUAGCUCUGACUUUCUAUAGUGAUACUCCUAAGCAAGUUUAAAAUUAAAGUGUGUA